CCUUUUCGUCAAAAGCAGCCAAUGGUAAAAGGCAGUAAGGAUAGUGGCCUUUUUCUAUUGGCUGCUGGUGUAGAUUUUUGAUUCGCUGUUUAUUUUUGAUCAAGAGGCAGUGCAAAAGUGACAAAAUGUAGAUUCAAUAUCAAACAAACCCAGGGCAGCGAAGGGGGCUUAGCCAGGUAGCUUUGGCUGAUUGAGUCUGCUGAAAGAUAGGAUAGGUAGAAAGCGGACACAAACGAACUGAAGCAAAGUAUAUUGAAACUUUUGUACACAGUACUCUAGAACUAAAAGGGAGCUAAAUGGUGUUUAUACACUUAGAUGAGGAAUGGGUGAUUGAUAAUGAAUGGAGUGAGAACCGAGAGGCUUGCUCUCGGGGCUCUGGAAGAAUAUGAGGCCCGCUCGCGUCUAAAUAUCUACAGAGGAAGCGAAUCAGAGAGAAACCUGCUUUUGCUGCAUCCGCUCACAGCUUCCACACGGAGAGAGGCCUGUUCCACCACAUUGGCCGAUUAUUCCAGCCCCCAAAUGACGGUCGACGGUUCCACCAUGCUGGCGGAUUCAGGCCGCCGGAUGGCAUCCACCACGACGGGCCUGAAUUGCCAGGGUUUGUUUGAUCUCCCGGAUAUGGUUGACCACCUGGAUUUGGUUGACCACCUGGAUUUGGCUCACCGCCUGGAUUUACAGGUGGGCUUGGAGCUGGUUGUUCUGGAGGCGGGUUCUGACCUGGAGGUGGGUUCUGACUUGGGGGUUUGUUCUGGCCUGGUUGUUCGUCCUGGCCUGGGGGUUUGUUCGGCUGGUUCUCACCCUGCUUUGGAUCUUUGGUCCCGCUGGCUCCGUUGACAAGUAGCCUGUUGGUGGUGUUGGGCCCAGGAUUCUUGACGGACGCAGAUGCAGCUUUCUUGAAGAAGGCGCAUGCAACCUUCAGAUCAAAGCCGCCACCAGAUAUAGAUACUUG